AUGCCGCAGCCGCGCUCCACCAAGAGGAAGGCCGUUGUGCUGUCCUCCGACGAAGAUGAAGCCCGACCGUCUGCGAGCCCUCCCGCCCGCGAUGCGAAGCCGAAAACCCGCGCAAGGCCCUCCACGCAGGACACCAGCUCGUCGCGCAGCUCCCAGCCUCGCGCUAAGCCCAAGCCCAAGCCUCAGCCCAAAGAAAAACCCAUCUACUCUUUCUUCAAUGCCGCCACGCAGCGCCAGCGCACCAGGAGCUCACAGGACCAGCCCGUCGCCUCACAGGAAGCGCCGCAUGCUGAUUUUGUUGAGGACCAGGACGACAUAAUACAGGAUGACUCGCUGGACGACGCGCCCAACAAGUCUGGCUUGCGCUCAACAUGGCUCAAGCGCGCGCGCGGCGGCGACGCCGGCGGCCCUGACCAAGAUGCCCUUUCAAGCGGAAGCCAGAAGUUUCUCAAGACGUCGUCCGGCCAGAAGCCAUCUACUCCAGUGUCAGCCUUGACCUCUAGCAGUGGAGUCGAUCAAAGGCCUUGGGUCGAAAAGUACGGCCCAGUCAAUCUGGACGAACUGGCUGUCCACAAGAAAAAGGUUGCCGAUGUCAGAGCAUGGCUGACUAACGUCCUAGACGGGCGGGAGCGGAAGCGUCUCCUUGUCUUGAAGGGGGUUGCAGGCACCGCUAAGACGACCACUGUCAAUUUGCUGGCCAAAGAUGUAGGCUUCGAAAUCAAUGAAUGGAAGAACCCCAUGGGUUCUGACUUUUCCUCUGACGCUUUCGUCUCCUUGUCCGCACAGUUCGAAGACUUCAUGGGCCGCAGCAAGUUCGGCAGCUUGGAUUUCGCUUCCAGCGAAGAGAAGAGCUCUGAGAGUCCCCGGUCUGAUGCCAAUCGAAAGCAAAUAGUCCUGAUUGAAGAGUUCCCCAACACCUUUGCGCGCUCUUCUGCGGCAUUGCAAUCCUUUCGUUCAUCAAUCGAACAGUAUCUCUCCUCAUCUGUGCCGUCCCUAGGUGCCAUGUUCACUCGCUCCGCAGAUGCGCCCCCGCCAACACCCAUUGUUAUGAUCAUAUCGGAAACUCUGCUUUCCACCAACACAGCGGCAGCAGACAGCUUCACAGCCCACCGGCUCCUUGGACCCGAGAUAACGAACCAUCCUGGGACUACUGUGAUCGAGUUCAACCCGAUUGCACCAACAUUCUUAACCAAGGCGCUCGAGCUUGUAGUCGCCAAGGAGGCGCGCAAAUCUGGGCGAAAAACUACUCCCGGCCCUCAAGUCAUCAAGAAGCUCUCCGAAAUUGGCGACGUCCGCAGUGCCAUCUCGACCCUGGAAUUCCUCUGCUUGAGAGGCGACGACAAUGCAGACUGGGGUAACCGAGUGACAUUCAAACCAGUGAAAAAGGGGGCGAAGGAGAAGCCCAUGACGAAGAUGGAAGAAGAAUCCAUGGCGCUCGUCUCCCAAAGAGAAAGUACGCUUGGUAUAUUCCACGCUGUGGGUAAGGUGGUGUACAACAAAAGGGAUGAAUCUGCGGACAACUCCAAGCUUCCUCAGCCUCCUGCUUAUUUCCCCGAAUAUCGCCGCCCGAAGGCAUCCGAAAUCGACGUCGAUGCGUUAAUGGACGAGCUCGGCACCGAUAUCCAGACCUUUACUGCCGCUCUUCAUGAGAACUACGUCCUCUCCUGUAAUACGGGAAGCGAGGAAGACACAUUAGACUCGAUCAACGGAUGCAUUGACGCGCUAUCGGAUGCCGACUUGCUCUCUCCCGACCGCUUCAGCUUGGCCGGGAGUUCCCGACGAGCAUAUCAAAGCCUUGGAGCAGACAGCCUACGGCAGGACGAGAUGAGCUUCCAAGCAUCCGUCCGCGGCCUCCUAUUCAACCUUCCCCAUCCAGUCAAGCGAUCAACUCUCCCACCGGGAGCCGCGAGAGGGAGGGGACCGAGCAACGCCAGAACCAACGCUGCCCUGAUGUUCUACCCCACCUCGCUCAGGCUAUGGCGUCUCCAGGAGGAGAUCCAGGGUCUUCUCGACGUUUCCAUCCGCCGGUUGCAAUCGGACGUUGUAAAUCGCGCAGAGGCGUCCGUACAGCUGCCAGCACGAGGUACCGUCGAGUCGUGGAGCAAUCGACCCACCAGCCGCCUCGACGACGGUUCCAGAAACAGCAAUCACAACGCAGGCGCCGACAUCACGCAACAAGACGGCGCCGCCGUCACAACGCCUCUCGGCAGCAGCGGAUCUCUGAAACGCGAGAUGCUGCUCGAGCGCCUGCCGUACAUGGCCAUGAUGCUCCGCCGCCAGGGCAACAAGAAGACGUCGAACCUCGGCUCCGCCGCCGCGGACGCGGCGAGGCUGGGCGAGGUGGAGAAGAUCACCAGUUUCAGCGGCGUUGGAAUAAGCGCUGACGACGGCGUCGCCGAUGCCGACGACGGCGUCGAGGACGUGCUUCGCGAUGGCGAGGUGGCGGCACAAGGCCAAGAGUGGAGCACGGAUCGACCGGCGGAGCAGGAGCCUCCAUCAUCAGCAUCCAGACCCUCAAUGCUGGGAUCGACGAGGAGUAGUAGCAUCAGGCUUGGUGGAGGCGCAAUCGCAGGCGCCAGCGGCACGAGCACAGGACGACGACGAGGUGGAGCGGCGACGACGCUGCGUGACGAUCACAUCGGAGAAAUUAUGAUUGGAGCGGGCGGUGAGCAAGGCCUGGCGAAUCUGGUGCUGAGUGACGAUGACAUCGAAGAUGAUGAGGAUUAG